AUGGAUACCAUUGUUGGUUAUUUUGAUCAGAAGAAAAAAAAGACAUCUCAUUUGCAACCGAGUUCUCAUGAUAAAUCAAGUGGUACGGGUACAUCAUCAACAAAAAGACAUUUAGAAGUUAUCAAACGAAAAGUGUUAGCAUUUAUGGAUCAUCGUAGUCGAAUACCAUCAGAUGAUAAAAAUGUAUGUAGACCUCCUGCUUCUCCUGCCCCUUGUGUUACUUCACAUUGUUAUCCUCAACCAAUCUGUGUUAAUCAAAAUAGAACACCAAAAGAACGAUUACAUCAGCAUACACCAUUAGUACAACGUAAAGAAUUAGAACAGUCUCAAUAUCAAGUGCCAUUACAUAAGCAAUUACCGUAUCUUGCAUUAGCUACACCAUGUGUAACUCGUCGAUUGUAA